UGUCUUGAUUCCUCAGGUCUGGCUCCCCUGGUCGCCUUCAAUGUGGACGUGUCCCGGACCUGGGUGACUCCCAAGGAAGGCCCUUUUGUGCUCAGCUCCCUCCUGCACCAUGACUCCAGCAGCAAGCAGACCUGGCUCCUGGUCACCAGCCCCAGGACCAACCAGACAGCCGAGCUCCUGCAUCGAUGUUCCCUUCACAACAACGCACUCCACUGCCAGCCUGUGGAGCAUGUUCGCAUCCCAAAGGGUCGGCACCGGGGGGUGACAGUUGUCCGGAGCCACCAUGGUGUUUUGAUCUGUAUUCAAGUGCUGGCCCGGCGGGCCCACAGCCUCAACUCAGAAGUCACAGGCACCUGCAGUUUACUCAGCUCAAACUUCAGUCUCCAGGCCAAGGCUCACUUCUCCAACAUGGAAAAUCUCCUGAAUCCGGAUGUGGACCCUGGAGACUGCCUCGGGAGCCAGCUAGAUCACACAGAGAAUGCAGCCAGGCGACGCCGGUCUCUGAAGGCACAGGAGGAGAUGGAGGAUGAGGAGGAAGCUGGUGAGGAGAGGCGGGUCUAGGGCACUGAGAUCGCCAUCGUCCUGGAUGGCUCUGGCAGCAUUGAUGCCCCCGACUUCCAGAGAGCCAAGGACUUCAUCUCCAACAUGAUAAGGAACUUCUCGGACAAAUGCUUCGAGUGCCGCUUUGCUGUGGUGCAGUAUGGUGAGGUGAUCCAGACUGAGUUUGACCUUCAGGACAGUGAGAAUGUGACAGCUGCCCUCCUCAGAGUCCAGAACAUCACUCAGGUGAUGAAAGUCACCAGGACUGCCUCCGCCAUGCAGCAUGUCCUGGACCACAUCUUCACGCCAAGCCAAGGCUCCCGGAAACAGGCAUCCAAAGUCAUGGUGGUGCUCACCGAUGGGGAUAUUUUUGAUGAUCCCCUUAACCUCACAACAGUCAUCAACUCCCCACUCAUGGAAGGCGUUGAGCGUUUUGCUAUUGGGGUGGGAAGUGCAUUUAAUAGAAGCAAAGCUGACGCGGAAUUGAGGUUGAUUGCCUCGGACCCGGAUGAGACCCACACCUUCAAGGUGACCAACUACAUGGCACUGGAUGGGCUCCUGGAGAAACUACAGCAGAAGAUUAUUCGCAUGGAAGGUACCGUUGGCGAUGCGCUCGAUUACCAGCUGGCACAGAUCGGCUUCAGUGCCCAGAUCCUGGAUGAGAAGCAGGUGCUGCUCGGUGCGGUCGGCGCUUUUGACUGGUCGGGAGGCGCACUGCUCUACGACUUUAAAUACGGGGAGGGUCGCUUCCUGAAUCAGACGGCCCAGGACGCUAAGGCGGCUCCAUACAGCUACCUGGGUUAUUCAGUGGCUGUGCUGCACAAGGCCUGUGGCCUCUCCUAUGUGGCAGGGGCCCCGCGGCACCAGCAGCGGGGAGCCGUGUUUGAGCUUCAGAAGAAGGAUGGAGAAACCAACUUCCUGCAAGUGCUGGCCGGCAAGCAGAUGGGGUCCUAUUUUGGCUCUGAACUGUGCCCUGUGGACAUCAACAUGAAUGGAACCACGGAUUUGUUGCUGGUGGCAGCUCCAUUUUAUCACGUCCAUGGAGAGGAAGGCAGAGUCUAUGCGUACCGUCUGAAUGCACAGGAUGGCUCCUUCUCCUUGGCACAUGAGCUGAGCGGGUCCCCCGAAGCCACUAGUGCCCGUUUUGGCUUUUCCAUGGUGACAGUGGGGGAUAUAAAUCAGGAUGGAUUCACAGAUGUGGCUAUCGGGGCCCCCCUGGAGGGCCUGGGGACUGACCCCAGGGCCAGCUUUGGCACUGUUUACAUCUACAAUGGACGUGAGGAUGGUCUCUCUCCCAGCCCCUCACAGCGGAUCCAGGCCUCAGCAGUGGCCUCAGGACUCCACUACUUCGGCGCAUCAGUGUCUGGUGGCUUCGAUUUCAGUGGCGAUGGCCUGGUGGACAUCACUGUGGGCACACUGGGCCGGGCAGCUGUAUUCCGCACCAGACCCGUGGUUCGUCUCCGGGUGUCCAUGGCCUUCAGCCCCCAGACUCUGCCCAUCGGCUUCAACAGCAGCGUGCAUGUGGACCUGUGCUUUGAGCUCAGCCCUGAAACUCCAGCUGCCCAGACAGACCUCAGAGAGACGUCUGUGAACUUCACAUUGGACGUGGAUGUGAUGAAGGAGAGGAAAAGGCUUCAGUGUUCGGACAAGAGAGCUUGUCAGAGCUUCCUUAGGGAGUGGGGCCCGGAGCCCCGUCUCUGUGAGUCCCUCCUGCUCACUCCCAUGGACACAGAGCUCUCAGAAGAGGACCACUUCUCCAACAUCAGUGUCAAGGUCAGCUACCAACUCCAUGCCACUGAGGACUCCUGGGACUCUGCCCGCCCCAUGCUGGACCUCCUCACGGAGCACACUGCCCUCUUCCAGCUGUCUUAUGAGAAGGACUGUGAAAAUAAGCUGUUUUGCAUCGCUGACUUACAGUUGGUCACCACCAUAUCUCAGCAGAAAUUGGUGGUGGGUCUCACAAAGGAGCUGACCAUGAAUAUCACUCUAACCAACUCUGGGGAAGAUUCCUACAUGACAAACAUGGCUUUGAAUUAUCCCGCAACUUUACAGUUUAAGAGGAUACAAAAGCCACCUUCUCCAGGCAUUCAGUGUGAUGAUCCUAAGCCCGCUGCAUCUCUCCUGGUCAUGAACUGCAAGAUCGGUCACCCUGUACUCAAGAAGUCAUCUGUGAACAUCUCAGUAGUCUGGCAGUUAGAGGAAAAACCCUUUUCAAACAGGACUGCUGACAUCACAGUGACAAUUACCAAUUCCAACGAAAGAAAGUCUUUGACCAGAAAGACCCAUAGCCUUCAAGUCAAGCAUUCCUUUGUUGCAGUUCUUCCCAAAAAAACAAAGAUGUACAUGAACACAAGCCAGGGGCUUUCCGAGCACAAAGAAUUCCUUUUCAAUAUACAAGGGGAAAAUCCCUUUGGGGUCCAAUUCCACCUGCAAAUUUGUGUUCCAAUCAUAUUAUAUGGCUUCCAGAUUGUAAAAGUGAAGAACCUGACAAAGACACAGGAGCUCACCGAGUGCGAGCAGACGGUCCGGACGGCGUGCGGGAGCCCCGGCGUCUCGCUCGUGGAGAAAUGGCAUUCAGUGAACUGCAGAAUCGCGACGGCUAAAGAAAACGUGACCGUGGCGGCAGAGAUCAACUUGGGUCCCUCAAAACAGAUACUAGCACAUAUAACUGAACUUGAAGUCCUGGGUGAAAUAUCCUUCAACGAAUUUCUGUAUGAGGAACGGAACAAGGAGAACCACAAAACUAACAAGGAGAACCACAAAACUAAGAUUUGUGUCGAAUUCCUGACAGAUGAAGUACAGCUCUCUCUGUCUCUCAUCAUCGGAAGCAGUGUUGGUGGCCUUCUGGUUUUGAUCGUGAUUAUAAUCAUCCUGUUCAAGUGUGGCUUUUUUAAAAGAAAAUACCAACAGUUGAAUGUGGACAGCAUACGGAAGACUUCGACGGGGGUGGAGACGCUGAUUGCUGAGAACCCUCAGGAUGAGCUUUGUCUUCCAGUGGAAGAGAAGAGCAACCAGGCCUCAGAGCUCUAGAGCACUGUAUACUGAUCACUUCUUCCUUUAGAAUGAUCCAGAGCAGAAUCUAACGGUUGUAAUAUCUUAAAAACACACAAAACAAUAUGCAUUGUCCCCAAACUAUCUCUCCAUUGGGCAAAAAAAUAAAUGUGUUAAGUAGUUGGUAAUAGAG